UGUGUUAAAACGGCUUCGUUUCGAGUGAGCGUCUUUCCCGUCCGUGCAGCCUGCAGGUGUGACGAUGGGAGACACCGUCGAGGAGAAGACCGCCGUAAUCCAAGCUCCAUAAUCCAAAGAGGGACUAAGAAGGGGUAUGAAGCUAUAGCAUUGCCUGAGCCUGCACCAAGGCAAUUACCUAAGAAUGAGGAUCCUAGUCUAGUUAAGAGAAACAGAAGAAUGCUGGGGAAUCUUCUAGGGACUUUGGAGAGGUUCAGAAAGGAAGAUAAACAGCUUUCUGGAACAGAUGCCUAUGCCCGACGGUCUGCUGUUCUACAGAAGGUAAGAACACACUUCAUAAAGGCUCGUGAAGAAAGUGAGCGACUAAGGAUGCAAGAGCGUGAAAAUAUGACUGAAAAGAGGAGAAGAGAUCUUACGCUUCGAGCCCGUGUUGCUGCUAAAGCAGAACAAAAGGAGUUGGAACUGCUAUUCCUUCGGUGGUGUGAGGAGAAGAAAAAACGAAGCAAUUUUAUAAGGUUAUUUUUUAUUUCGGUCCAAAGUGUGCAUAUUCACAAUUUAAUAGAAGCAAAGAUAAGUUUCCCUUCACGUGUAAGCAGAGCAACUGACGCGGACCAACGCAAAGAACAGACAUUCUUAGAAUGGAAGGCAGCCAAGAGACAAGAAGUGAGUGAGUAUCAAAAGGAGGUAGAAGAGCGAUAUCUAAGUAAUGUCGAGAAAGAGCUGGAAAGGUGGCAAAACGCAAGGAAGGCGAGGAAAGCAAACAACGAGGCUAUGAAUUUGCAGGAGACAAUGGAUAAGGAGUUAGAGACGCAUAGGAUGGAGCACGGGCUAAAGAAAAGGAAGAUACCUGGAGCUGGAGGAGAAGAUGAAGAAGAUGAAGUAGAGGAUAUCAGUGGUGGGGAGGAUGAUAUAACAAUAGAUGAUUUACUGCAAGAGGGAGGAGAUGGAAACGUCAAGGAAGUGGCCACUGAUACUGCAGAAGCAGUGGAAGGCGACAUUACACUUUAAGUUGUCAAAGAUGUUAGUGUGUUUGUUCUUGAUGCUUGUGUUACUUAUAGUGCACCUUAUUAUGCGGGAGUUUACGAAUUAGAAAACGACUGAGAAAAUCUAUUUCAGAGGGGUGUUAGCUGGGGAAACUGGAAAAAUCUAUGCUGGAGUGUGUUAUUGAAUGAAGGAUUUUGCCUUGUGCUAUAA